AUGCUGUCAACUUUGGUGGUGCUCUGCUGGCUCUACUCUGGUGGAGGCCAGUGGGCAAGUGUUUUAGCUCAGCAUGCUCAGCAUGCCGAACGGCAAGUGGGCUAUACCUCGUCACCUGGCACACCUCUGGAUCCUGGUCCCAUAGGCGGCGUUUUUAUAAAUUCCUCGCCUGCUUCACCACCUACAAUCUCGUCUACCUUGUCCUCGUCUACCUCUUCGCAUGUCAUGACGUCAACGGCCAGCGCACCAACCCCUUCACCAACACCCAGCCAGUUCUCGAUCAAUGCCGUCAAGAAUAUGACGACAUGCGCCCCAGGGGUCAUCACCUGGACCUAUAACGGUUCAUCACCCAGCAUUUUGCUCUCCAUCUUGAAUGUCAAUGUUCUUGAUCCCUAUCCACAGCAUGAUCUCGCCCGCCGCCAAAAUACUGCUGGACAGGUCUCCGUGACUUUAACGAACACUAGUACCAAGUUAAACUCCUGGACAUGGCCUCAAGUGGAUCAGCCACAGGGCUGGUAUAUGAUAGAGGGCUCCAUAGCUUCGCUCAACGCCUCUUCUGCUGCUUUUUUCAUUAGUAACGGAUCCGACACAGCUUGCUUGCUCCCGUCUUCAUCUUCAUCGCCAGGACCCACUAGCACUGCAACCACGGUAGAAGCCUCAUCAAUGACACUCAGCGUUGGUGAGAUCGUGGGGAUCGUGAUUGGUAGUUUAGCAGGGCUGGUUUUCCUUGUCUUGGCUAUCGCAUAUUACUUUUGCCGCCAAAGUCGCUCUCCAACUCGUGGCAGCAAGCCAAAGCAGAGCGUGGGAAGGAGGUGGAGUUCGUUAAAAUCUAAUGACUCAGCUGCCAGGUCACUGGCGAGAGGCAAUGCUGGCUCUGCUCACUCUUGCGGUCAUUCGGACGUAAUGGGAGAAAUACUCAUGGUCGCAGAUAGUGGCAAAACCUCAGAGACCACAACAACGCAGGAUUCAGGCGAAUAUCCCGGAAAUCAUGGGGAGGAGAAGGAAGUGCACCCUUACUCGCCCGGGGGAACGAUCCCUGUAGACACUAUGGACAAUCCCUUGUCGCGUUAUAAUCACCGCAUGUCUGUUCGUUCCCUUCAAGAUCCAUGUCCACCACCUUGUGACGGCACUGCUCGCACCCGUGUCACCCCUGCGCGUUAUUCGGAACAAAGUCUCGAGCUGCAAGCAGCUCGAAUACGUUCAUCCAUGGAAAACUCCAUGUACCUGCGUACCGAGCGCUUUUCAUUCCCAGCCCUAGCUACCCCCACUCCCCAUACACCCACAUCUCCUAGCCGAGGGCGGGACGAGUACCCACCUUCCCCUGCAGCUGCAACCUCGGCCAGGCGCUCGCCCUCAACAAGUGCUAUAUCCGCUCGUCGCACUUCUCGCAAACCUGUACCGCACUAUGAUGCCUCAGAGUUUCGUGACGACUUGCGUAGCGCGGUAGACAACCAGUCAAUGGUGACCGCCGGUGAAUCGUCACAUUCGCACGGCACGGAGUCACUAUCCCCGCUGCAUGCCAUGUCAGGGCAGCCUCCCAACCGCAUUCACUAUCUGAUCCCUGACAUGCCCCCGCCAGGGAACGAGUAG